CUCCUUUAAGAAAGCGGAAGUGAGCCUUGCGGGCUGUGGGCAGGAAAUGCCUGGCAAAGCGAGAGCAAGCGUGAUCGGCGCUUCUCGGGUGAAGUUGUCGGCGCACUUGCACGAAAAUGCGCCUCGGUUGACGUCGCCGCCGUCGUCAGCGUCCAGGGAGCGGCCACCACUCUCGCCCGUGGCCGGGCUUGUGUCACCCGCACGCUCGGUGUGAUUCCGCCCGAGGCAGGCAGGCAGGCAGGCAGGCAGGCAGCCUUCCCGGCCUGCUCGCCCAACACACACACCCAAAAAAAAAAGGAGGUAUUUCGCUAUUUUUCCGCUGUUGUUUUGUUUUUCCCUCCCCCCACUCGCCGGCCAUGAGGGAAUACAAAGUGGUUGUUUUGGGCUCGGGCGGAGUCGGUAAAUCGGCUCUCACGGUUCAGUUCGUGACGGGCUCCUUCAUCGAGAAGUACGACCCCACCAUCGAGGACUUCUACCGGAAGGAGAUCGAGGUGGACUCGUCCCCGUCCGUGCUGGAGAUCCUGGACACGGCCGGCACCGAGCAGUUCGCCUCCAUGCGGGAUCUGUACAUCAAGAACGGGCAGGGCUUCAUCCUGGUCUACAGUCUGGUCAACCAGCAGAGCUUCCAGGACAUCAAGCCUAUGAGGGACCAGAUCAUCCGGGUGAAGAGGUACGAGAGGGUGCCCAUGAUCCUGGUGGGCAACAAGGUGGACCUGGAGGCCGAGAGAGAGGUGUCCUCCGGGGAAGGCAAGGCCCUGGCCCAGGACUGGAACUGCCCCUUCAUGGAAACCUCGGCCAAAAACAAAGCCUCCGUGGAUGAACUGUUUGCAGAAAUUGUCAGACAGAUGAACUACUCAACUGUUCCGGCUGGAGGUGACCAGUGUUGUUCUUGUGUUCUGCUCUAAAAACAAACAAACCACACACAAUGGCAUAGUUGUGCUUUUUGAGAUCAUGCCUUUUUACUUUUGAAGUAUCUCUACUCACACUGUUGUCUUAUAGUUUCGCACAAGUUGACAACAAUGGGCGAUGUAUAAUAGUUUGGGUUGCAAAGGGGUGAUGGGUAAUUGGAAACUUUUCAUGAGAACGAAGUAGGAAUUGAAGGUAAUUUCAUCAAAUAGAAACAUUUUGUUGUGUCGUACAGCCUUUCAAAACAAACGGCUCUCCUUGCCCACACGGGAGGGCAUUACCCUGCCAUGAUUGCGCUUUAAAAUUGUGGCAUAAAAUUGACAAACUCUCAAGCUUUUACUCGUAAAAACUUGCAAGUUGGGGGGGGGCACUUGUAAUUUAAGGUAGUCCUUGUACUUGUUUGAAAUCUGGUUGUUUUAGACAGAAUUAUGCUAAAAUGUUUUCCCCAACUACAGUGGAGCUCCCGUGAUUGGGCUCGGCUCCCUGUCCUGUGCAAAUAGUGAAAAUCUGCAAAUAAUUGACGCUCACAUGUAACUGCCAUUUAAAAAAAUAUAUAUAUAUAUAUAUAUAUAUAUACAUAAUAAUUAGAAUUGGUGAAUUUGUGAAUGGUAAACUGCAAAUAUGUUAAUUCCCAUGGAAAGUUUCCAGGUUUAAAAAUUCCCAGAAUUUUGCAACCCUAAUAAUAGUCUGGAAAUGUGUUUACAUAACAAAGUACUUGAAUGUUUUUGGGACUUUCUCUUUUUUCCAAAUAUAGCUUUCUUUGUAUAAUAUGACACUUCUCUGGAAACGUGCCUCAGUGGGAAUGUCUUUUUGUGAAACCUAAGAGACAUGCUUUUUUUGUUUUCUUCUUCUUAUGUACUGUUUUAAUAAUCUCUUGUGCUCAGUGGUGGAGUCAGUGUUAUGUCAGUCACUUUUAAGAUAUUUUUGGGGGUGUGAAAGUCCGUAAAAGCAUUGGUUACUGGCCUAGGGAUGGGCAUUUUGACAAUGGGGAACAUUUUGUUUCUUUUUAGAUAUUUUUUAUAUUAUUAUUAUUAUUAUUAGAAGUGGCGGCAUGGUGAUCAGCUGGUUAGCACAUCUGCCUCACAGUUCUGAGGACCCGGGUCGAAUCCGGCUUCAUCUGUGUGGAGUUUGCCUGUUUGCCUGUGGAGUUUUCCUUGCUAUGUCAGGUAAAUUGAAGACUCAAAUUGUCCAUAGGUGAAAAUGUGAGUAUGAAUGGCUUUUUGUUUCUUUGUGCCCUGUGAUUGGCUGACAACCAGUCCAAGGUGUACUCCACCUUUUGCCCAUAGUCAGCUGGGAUAGGCUGAUGGAUGUGAUUAGUCAGCAAUCAAUUCCACACUUCUUUUUUUUUUUUUUUUUUAAUCAAGUUAAUUCAUGGAUUAUUAUGCCCAUCCCUAGAAUGAAACUUCUCCAUUUAUUUAUAUAUAUAUAUAUAUAUAUAUAUAUAUAUAUAUAUUACAUAUUUUUCAACCUUUCCCCCCCCAUUUUCCAAGGUGUUGGAAGUGUAUUAAUGAUGGAACUUGGACUUUGUGCACAAGGACCUUUAGUGCGUUGCUGUCGCUGCAUGGGGUCACGUCACGAUGACCCCAUGUCAAGUGCCUUCCCUGCGACUGUGCCAAGUGACGAGCCCUCCUUCCUCUGCAGUGCGUCUCCAUGGCAAUCAGAACUUUUAUUUUUUAUUUUUAGCAAUUACCUAGUUUUCCCAAUCAGGCCCAAUGUUGAGGUACUGCAGUGAAGAAGCCAUGUGUGAUGGUGUUCAGUUGUUUUGUUUUUCCUUGAAGAUGUGAUGAGAACUUUUUAUUGUGAUGAUUCUAACUUUGGACAAAAAUCUGUGAUUUUCCUUGUCAGUUUUGAGAGCCUUGUAAUACAAAAAAAAGCAUUUUAUGUACCAA